AUGUCAGCGACAGAUCCAGACUCUCUUCAAACGACGGCUCCCCCACGCAGCAGCACUACCAAAUCGCAACGCCCGCUCGCUUGUGCAGCGUGCCAACAACGAAAAGUAAAAUGCGAUCGUAAAUUCCCUUGCAACGCUUGCGUCAAGAGUCGCGUACAAUGUAUACCUAUCUCGGUUCCAAGACAGCGACGACGACGAUUCCCUGAAGCAGAAUUGUUGCAACGAGUCAGACAUCUAGAAGACUUGCUUCGUCAACACAACAUAGACUUUGAUCCUUUGCAUGCAAAUGCUACAACUGCCGAGCCGACUGAGACGGUCAGCUUAGAGCAGGAUAAAGCAAGCCCUGAGAUUAAGACAGAGCCCACCUUCGAAGCGAAGAACCUCUGGCUGGCCAUGAGUCAAACUGUACGACCUCAUCGCAGUCUUCCACUGAUGGACGAGAUACUAAUCACCGAUUACCAGUCUCCUAAUAAAGACGAAAGCGAAGAUGACGAAGACUACAAGGAUGUCGAAGACCUUCGCGAUGUAGCUGGAAAGAAAUCAUGGGACCAGUUGUUCAAGAACAGUACCGACUUCUUACUUUUUGGGUCUUUGAUCGAGGAUAUCGACCUUCAAGUUUUGCACCCUCCUGAUCAUGUGCAGGUCUUUACACUCUGGCAGGUCUAUCUGGAUGAUGUCAACCCGUUGCUCAAGGUCACACACACUCCUACGUUAAAUGCAAGACUCAUCAAUGCUACGGGAGACUUAACAAACAUUGAGCCCAAUUUGGAAGCGUUGAUUUUUGGUGUAUAUUGUGUUGCUGUCAUGAGUCUCACAGAAGUGGGAUGUAUGGAUAUAUUCAGAUGUGAGAAAGAGGUCCUUAUGCAGAGGUAUCGAUUUGGGUGUCAGCAGGCAUUGCUCAGAUGCAGAUUCCUACAGACUGACAAUCGAGACUGUUUGACGGCUUUGUUUCUGUAUCUGGUUGCUGUAAGGCCAGAUGCUGAUCCUCGGUCUUUAUCUUCGCUGCUGGGUCUUACGAUACGCAUCGCACAACGUAUGGGACUAGACAACGAGUCUUCAAACGUCAAGUGCGGACCUUUGGAGGGCGAGAUGCGUCGCAGGCUGUGGUGGGCUCUUCUCCUAUUCGACAACCGUGUUUGCGAAAUGGGCGACUAUCGCGCAGUCACAUUAAGCCCAUCUUGGUCUUGCAAGGUUCCCGCAAACAUCAACGAUUCUGAUCUGCGGGUAGAGAUGGAGACACUGCCACAGAGCCAUGACAGACCUACAGAAAUGACAAUGGCCAUCUUGCGCUACAAAGUGGCGGAUCUAGUCCGCCACAGCUCUUUUUUCCUCGACUUUACAAAUCCAGCGUUGAAAGCUCUCGCUAAUCCCAAGGACCACGGUGGCAGUCUCGAAGUCCUUCAACAGAGGAUCGAAGACGAAUUUCUACGCCACUGCAACCCAGAUCACCCACACCAAUUCAUGACCAUAUGGCUCACCCGAGGCCACAUAGCCCGCUACCUGCUUUUCCAACAUUUCUCCAUUCCACUAGAAAAACAAACUUGGCAACAACGCUCCUCAGCCAUCACCCACGCAUUAACGAUGCUCUCCUGCGACACAACGAUAAUGACUCACCCAUACACAACAAAGCACUCUUGGUUUCUAUUCUUUCACUUUCCUUUCCCUGCCUACAUACACAUUCUGCAACAUCUCAAACGCGAACCUUUGGCUUCUCAGGCCGAACUCUGCUGGAAGACCUUGAGCGAGAGCUGCAAGGUCAGAUUUACAAAUCCGGAAUACGAAGCGCACCCGUUUCACAAAACACCCAUGUUUGCAGUGUUUACGCGUAUCGUUGUUAAGGCUUGGGAAUCUAGAGCUGCAGCACUGCGGAAGCAAGGAGAGACGGAGCAGGAAGAAGUGCCUUUUAUCGUUACGGAGUUCCAGAAGAAGUUAUUGGGUUCCGAGGCUCCUUCGUUGGAAAACAUGACCAGCAGUGAUGAAGAUACGACUUCACGAUUCGAGGAUGAGGGGAUGGUGAUGCCGUUCCCAAUGAUGAGUGCUGCAGGUCCUUUCAGUUGUUUUGACCAAGGUGCUUUGGACAUAUGGAGUGACGAUAACUUGAUGGAUGUCGAUAUGGGUGCUCUGGACUUAGCUGGCGUUGGCUGGCCUCUGUUGAAUAUCUCGGGUACGUAA